UAGAAAAGAAAUAUAGAAUAAUAAAGAGCAGCAAAGCAACAGCUGAAAACGAAGUAUAUAUUCACUAGGUAGGUGAAUGACCAAAACUGCUAUGCUAAGGAACUAAAUCAGGCGAUCAGGAGGACAAAGAAAACAUGAGCAGUAGCAGCAACAAUUUCAGAGCCACUUCAGGGAAUUCGGAGACUGGAAGGGACUAUGGUGCCUAUACUUCUAACCAUGAUGAACUGAACCGUGUCAACCCCAUGUUUUCUAGGUCCCGUUCCAUACGAGUUACUCCUGAAGUAGGAGCAGGCAUGCUAGAUCGAAGACCAUCAUUUGUGGAAAGAAGUAUAACAGGUCCCUAUGGCUUAGCGAGUGUUCCAGGAACAAAUCUCUCUUCAUUGCAAAUUUUAGUCCUAGACAAUAACACAGCAAGGGAAGCGUACCCCAGGCCCAGACAAGUCAUGACAGAAUCCCCUCCAGCAUUCACAAGCCAGCGGAAUAUGCAGGUCCCUAGAGUGCAAGGGGACUCUAGAGUAACCCAAGAUGAGAACAAGCUCAAGAGAGAAAUCUAUAAUCCUGGUCCAAAGAGAUUAUCAAGGAGAGUGAGCUUGUAUUACAGAGACAGAUUGGCCAAAGAUUCUUUGGAUAAGCCGGAAAAAGAGGUAGAUGAAGAAGGUAAAAGGUGUGCUAUUUGCUUGGAUGAUUUUGAGGCAGGACAAGAGGUAAUGCUAACCCCAUGCAACCACAUGUUCCAUGAGGACUGCAUCACACCAUGGAUGAAGAGCCAUAGUCAGUGCCCUGUUUGUCGCUAUGAAUUUGGCAAGCAAACGAGAGAGCAUGCAUCAAACUUUAACAACAAUAACAUUGCAAGUGAUCUCAUUACAAGAGAGCUUCUUUCAAUAGCCAGGGCAAUGGAGGAAGCUUUUCUAUGGGGCAAUGGUCCCCGCUAAGAUGCCAACUCUAAAACCUUAGAACAAAUGUAUUUCUUCUUCUUCUUUUUUUUCUUUCUUUUUUUCUAUCACUGUCUAAUUAGGCUCAUGUCAAUUUUAAUUUCGGAAAGCGAGAUUUUUUUUUUUUUUUUUUUUUUUUUUGAGCCAAGGAAAGUUUGGAAGAGAGCCUAUAAACCAAGUUCCAAGUUUGUGUAUGAUGAAGAACUUACAUAGCAAUCCACACGGUAAUAAAUAUUGUGUGGUUAUAAUA